AUGGUUUCAUUCACCUUUUCAGUUAUUUCCUCCAUUGUAAAGGCUCAUGAACUCCGUAACAUCUCGAAAGCCGAGCUUAUGAAGCAACUCUCUGACCUCAAGCAAGAGCUUUCUGCACUUCGCGUCAACCAAGCUUCCUCUGCAACCGCCCCAAAGCUCGCUAGAAUAUCCGUCGUACGUAAAUCGAUCGCUAGGGUUUUGACCGUUAUUCAGCAGCAACAACGCUCAGAGAUGAAGGCUUUCUAUGCUGGCAAGAAGUACAAACCCCUUGACAUUCGCCCAAAAAAGACGCGCGCCAUUCGCCGACGUAUGACAAAGUCUGAAAUCAACAAGAAGACCGAACGCCAGCGCAAGAAAGCGGCUCAUUUUCCCAAGGCCAACUUUGUCGUCCUUGCAUAA